AUAUCUCAACCACACUACUACACUAGAUAUAUGGAGAUGGAAGCCGAAACCAAGACCAAAACGCCAAUCAAAACACAUCUGGCCCUCCUCUUCAACUCCCUCAUCCUCACCAUCGGCCAAGUCGGAGGCCCCAUGCUCCUCCGAAUCUACUUCACCCACGGCGGCCAAAAGCGGUGGCUCGCCGCCUGGACCAACACCGCCGGCUUCCCCAUCCUUCUCAUCCCAAUCGCCCUGGCCCCACGCCGCCGCCAGCUCGGCCUUCCCAGGCGGCUAUUCAUCUCAUGCGUUCUCUUAGGUUUCCUCGUCGGCUUCGUCUGCUACCUCUACGCAUACGGCGCCGCGUACCUUCCCGUCUCCGUCCACUCCCUCAUAAGCUCCUCGCAGCUCGUCUUCACCGCCGUCUCGGCUUACCUCGUGGUGAGGCAGAAGUUCACUCCGUACUCGGUCAACGCCGUCGUUCUGAUGACGCUGGGAUCGGCUGCUUUGGGGCUACACAUGGAGAAAGACGUGCCCGAGGGGGAGACUCUGAGGAAGUACGUGUUGGGGUUUUGUAUGACGGUCGGCGCGGCGUGCUUUCACGGCCUGUUCUUGACUCUGGUUGAGUAUGCUCAGGCGAAGGCGAAAGCCGGCGGCGUGGCCGUCAACUUCGAUGUGGCCAUGCAAGUUCAGUUCGUGAUUUUAGUGGCGGCCACCUUCUUCUGUACCGUUCCCAUGAUCGUAAAUAGAGACUUUCAGACAAUGAGCAAAGAGGCGGCGGAAUUCGGGCUGGGGAAGACGAAUUACUACCUCGUAGUAUUUCUGGCAGUAGUAGCAUUGCAGCUGAACAUUAUUGGUGUUCUUGGAGUGGUGAUGACAUCGUCUUCCUUAUUUGCUGGCAUCUUAUCGUCACUGUUGGUCCCAGUCCAACAGGUCUUUGCUGUGAUCUUCCUAAGAGAAGGGUUCAGCGCAGAGAAAGGGAUGGCUUUGGCACUCUGCCUCUGGGGAUUCGCUUCUCACUUGUACGGAGGUUACAAGGCCACACUAGCAAGGAAGCAACAAGAUCAAGAAGAGGAUCCAGAACCAGAAGUCAACCGCAUCGAGACUUUGCUUGAUAAACAUGAUAAUAACCAUGUUUAAUUGGCGACAAAUUUUAUUGUUUCUUUUGUUUUCUGAUCUGCUGGAAAUUUAUACACUGGGGAGGUUUAGGUUUGUGUGCCGUCAAUAAGUCAAUCCUGACUGG